GGCGAGCAGGAGGGGGCGGUGCCCGUUCCACCGCGGAUCCGGAUGUUUGGCGAGCUUUGACAGGCGUGGCGGAGGGAGCAGUGCCCGAGCGCGGGUUCCCCUCGGCUUCUGCAGGGGGACAGGCUUGGCCAUGGAUCCGCUGUCAGAGCUGCAAGACGACGACCUGACCCUGGACGAUGCCAGCCAGGCGCUGAACCAGCUGAAGCUGGCCUCCAUCGACGAGAAGAACUGGCCCUCGGAUGAGAUGCCCGACUUCCCCAAGUCAGAUGACUCCAAGAGCAGCUCCCCAGAACCCGUCACACACCUGAAGUGGGAUGACCCCUACUACGACAUCGCCCGGCACCAGAUCGUGGAGGUGGCAGGCGAUGACAAGUACGGGCGGAAGAUCAUCGUGUUCAGUGCCUGUCGGAUGCCCCCCAGCCACCAACUGGACCACAGCAAGCUCCUGGGGUACUUGAAGCACACCCUGGACCAGUACGUGGAGAGCGACUACACCCUGCUGUACCUGCACCACGGCCUGAGCAGCGACAACAAGCCCUCCCUCAGCUGGCUGCGCGACGCCUACCGGGAGUUCGACCGCAAGUACAAGAAGAACAUCAAGGCUCUGUACAUCGUGCACCCGACCAUGUUCAUCAAAACCCUGCUCAUCCUCUUUAAACCCCUCAUCAGCUUCAAAUUUGGGCGGAAGAUCUUCUACGUGAACUACCUGAGCGAGCUGAGCGAGCACGUGAAGCUGGAGCAGCUGGGCAUCCCUCGCCAAGUGCUCAAGUAUGACGACUUCCUCAAGUCCACGCACAAGAGCCCUGCGACGGCACCCAAGCCCAUGCCCCCUCGGCCGCCCCUGCCCAACCAGCAGUUUGGGGUCUCCUUGCAGCACCUCCAGGAGAAGAACCCAGAGCAGGAGCCCAUCCCCAUCGUGCUCCGGGAGACCGUCGCCUACUUGCAGGCCCACGCUCUCACCACCGAGGGGAUCUUCCGGAGGUCGGCCAACACCCAGAUUGUGCGGGAAGUGCAGCAGAAAUACAACAUGGGGCUGCCCGUGGACUUUGACCACUACAAUGAGCUGCACCUGCCAGCAGUCAUCCUUAAGACCUUCCUUCGGGAGCUUCCCGAGCCCCUGCUGACCUUCGACCUCUACCCCCACGUGGUGGGCUUCCUCAACAUUGACGAGAACCAGAGAGUGGAGGUGACGCAGCAGGUCCUCCGCACGCUGCCGGAGGAGAACUUCCGGGUGCUGUGUUUCCUGACUGCCUUCCUAGUGCAGAUUUCUGCCCACUGUGACCAGAACAAGAUGACCAACACCAACCUGGCUGUGGUCUUCGGCCCCAACCUGCUGUGGGCCAAGGAUGCUGCCAUCACCCUCAAGGCCAUCAACCCCAUCAACACCUUCACCAAGUUCCUCCUGGACCACCAGGCGGAGCUGUUCCCUGACCCCGACUCCAGAAGGCUCUGAGCCCGGCUCCCAUCCCACCUGCCCCCUGCCCUGGUAGCCCCACUUCGGACUCUUCCUUCUGCCAGCCGAACUGGAACCCGGGCCCCCCGCCCAGCAAGCGACCACAGAGCCCUGGGAGAUAGGCCCUGGGGCCGGCCACCAUGGCAGCUGUCCCCUCUGCCCAGCCCCCCUCGCCGGCCCCAGAGGCCUCGCUGUUACCAUACGAGUUUCUCUUCGCCUUAUACCUCUCACUGCCUCUCUGGAUGCCUGGCUCCUGCCAUGCUCCGCCGAGCUGGGCUUGGCUCUUCCGGCUGGAGGACAGAGCCCCAGUAGCCCCUUUUCUCUUUUUCUGCCUCUGUGGCCCUGGCAACCGGGGAUGACCAAAAUCCCUGCCGGCUGGGUUAGUGGCUGGGGCCGGGCCUCUCCUCCCUGAGUUCUGGGGAACGAACAGCUGAGCUCCUUGGCUUGGCCUGGCCACACGAGGCGCCUCCAUGUCUGGGUUUGGUGCCCUGCUUCUGGAAGGGCCGCCACACGUUGGCCUGGAUGCAAGCUCUCUGCUCCAGUCCGCUCCACUAAAGGCUCAGCUUCGGGUGUUCCCGGAGCUAGGGAAUGGCAGCGCGGGGGUCAGCCUCCUACUUCUGCCUCCCCCUACGCGUGCCGGGGCAGCCUUCCCCAAGUGGCGCUUGCCCCAGGGGCUGCUGGCCUCUUGGUCCUGCCAGGACUGGCAGCUUGGAUGUUGGGGCUCCAAGUCCCAGCAUCCACUGGAAAUAGACUGCCGUGUCCCUGGGAGCCCUCGUGUCUGGUGGGAUCGGUGACAGGCAGACACAGCCCCAGGCCCCACCUCCUUUUCCCCACGCACACAUGCUCAGCCAUGGGCUCCCUGCUCCAGCCAGAGGUGACUCUGCCUCAGGGUCUGUGGUGGAGACUGGAGGGGCUGGGGAGGGGGCCAAGAUUCUGAUAACAGAUCAUCCCCGGGAAGUAGUUCUGGACCCCAGUGGUGGCUGAAUACCCCUUAUUCCAGCCGGGUCCCUCACAGUGACACUCCUGCUGACGAACCCCGGGGCGGCCCCUCCUGCUGCUGUGCACCUGCAGUGGCCCCCGACACAGCUUUACCGCCACUCCAGAGCCUGAGCUGUGAGGAGCCGCACCGGCCUGCCCAGCGCCAUCUGUGAGCCAGGUGGGGUGUGGGACUGGCCUCCCUGGGCACUGUCCCCAGGCAGGUGGCACAGCCGGACUCCCAGGGCCUGGAGCUGCUACUGGUUGUCAGUCCCUGUGCCUUUAGCCCGGGCCACUCCGCUUUCUGCCCUCUGUAUGUCAAGUAUUGCCCACAGCCUCGUCCUGGUCUCUGUCCUGCCGGUCUGGUCCUGGGGGCGCUCGUACUGUGAAUCAGGUGUUCACAUCACACUUAAUGACUUCCUUGGCACCAAUCAUGUAUUUCACCAUUUGCACUUUUUGUAUUUCAAUAAAAAUGGAGACAGAAAGCUGCCCUUCUGGCUGAAGU